AGCUUUUCCUUAUCCUUAAUAGAAAGAGAGAUUCAGGAAUGGUUGUCUCUAAAUUGGCAAAAUAUGAGAGUAGUAUUGGGGCUGCACUUAUCUUGCAUCCUGGUCCUAUUACAGUUGAUGAGAUAAAUGGUAAAUUACUCAUCUUCCAUGACUUUUAGAGCUGAUAAAUAAUGUUGUAUUUUCCAGAGGCAAAAGUUCCAACUGCAAUAUUAGCAGCUGAGCAUGACCAUAUAUUUCCGCCUGACCAAGCGAAGCAGCUAGGCGAUGCUUUAUCUGCAAAAUCCGAGAUUGAGAGCUUUGUGAAGAUAUUUCCUGGAGUUCAACAUGGAUGGACAGUUCGAUACAAUGUUGAGGAUGAAUUGGCUGUCAAAGCUGCAGAAGAGUCUCACUCAGAUAUGUUAAACUGGUUUAUCAAGUGAACAAGAAAGAACUAGAAUUGAAACAUCAUUUUCAGGAAAGGAGAUUGCAAUAGUUCCUCAAGUAAAUUGAGAAUAUGUAAAGUACACUGCAUUUGCUGAUAUGCAAUGCAAUGAAAUAAGGAUCAUGUUUUUUAGGUUUUAACUUAUGAUGCAUGUUUCUCUCAAACCCGCUUUUAUGUGAUCUAACAUUAUGCGCU